CUUCUCACUCCGCGUGCGCCCGACCUGUCUCACGUGCUGUUGCCCAUCCUGCGACGUCCCUUCCGCCGACCGCGUGCUCUUCAAUCGCAUUUCAUCUCGCCAAGCGUGGUUGACUUCGUCGGAACCCCUCGCUCGUCACCGCCCUGACGUCGAAACCUUGCACGCCGCAGCUUCACCCACCAGCUAUCUACGAGCUGCCCUGCCACCACGUUCUUCAUACCAAUCGAGUCCAUCUCCAACACCUACUUACCGCCCGCCAUCCACCGCCGUCAACGUAUCCUCCUCCGAAUCAGGAUACAUCCGCAUCUGGACGACCAACGAAAGAGCUGAAGGCGCUGUGAAGAGAUCGGUCCGCGCAGCGAGAUACGACACUGCAGAAGUAGCUAGGAAAGAUGGUGGAAGCCGGGGAAGGCGGUACCCAGCCCACCUGGAAGUUCACGCAAUGCUUCGGUGACAAAGGCGACGUCGAGGACAUCACAGAAGCGGACAUAAUAUCCACCGUCGAAUUUGAUCAGACCGGCAAUUACCUCGCUACCGGCGACAAGGGCGGCCGUGUGGUCCUGUUUGAGCGUAACGAGACCAAAAAGACUUGCGAAUACAAGUUUCACACCGAGUUCCAAUCGCACGAGCCCGAAUUCGACUACCUCAAAUCGCUGGAAAUAGAAGAGAAGAUCAACAAAAUCAAGUGGUGCAGGAGACAGAAUGCCUCACACUACUUGUUGUCCACCAAUGACAAGACGAUCAAGUUGUGGAAGGUGUUCGAGAAGUCACUCAAGGUUGUGGCGGAGAACAAUCUUUCCUCUGAGCUCACACCGGCCGGUACUGGUGGAGCAAAUGGAGGCGGACCAGUUCGAUACCCCAACACGCACAACUUCCGAAGCACGGCGGAUCUGAAGUUUCCACGAAUGACACAUCAUGACACCGUGGUCGCUGCUGUUCCCAGAAGAGUCUACGCCAACGCACACGCAUACCACAUCAACAGCAUCUCGGUCAACAGCGACGGCGAGACAUUUAUCAGCUCAGACGACCUACGGAUAAAUCUAUGGAAUCUCAACAUCCAAGACCAGAGCUUCAACAUCGUUGACAUCAAGCCGGCGAACAUGGAGGAGCUCACGGAAGUCAUCACAGCGGCAGAGUUCCACCCACAAAGCUGCAAUUGGUUCAUGUACGCGUCGAGUAAAGGUACCAUCAAGCUGGCGGACAUGAGGCAACGGGCGCUGUGUGAUGAGCAUGCCAAACAAUUCGAGCAGGAGGAGGAUCCGUCAUCGCGAUCAUUCUUCUCCGAGAUCAUCUCCUCAAUCUCGGACGUUCGCUUCUCCUACGACGGCCGGUACAUCCUCUCCCGCGACUAUCUCACCGUCAAGAUCUGGGAUGUGAACAUGGAGCGACAGCCGGUCAAGACUAUCCCAAUCCAUGAGCAUCUCCGCCCUCGGUUAUGCGACACCUACGAGAAUGACAGCAUCUUCGACAAGUUCGAGGUCGUCUUCUCGGGCGACGCAAAGAACGUCAUGACCGGAUCCUACAAUAACAACUUCAUGAUCUAUCCUUCCGAGGAGGGCAAGGAUACUGAGGUUGUGUUGCAGGCCGACAAGAGUGCAUUCAAGGCGAAGAAGGUGGGCAUCCCGACACCGAUGAACUCUGCAACCAGCCCUGGUUCAAAGGAUGGUAAGAAGGGCAGCCGAGCAAGCAGUCCUGCUGGUGGUGCGCAGAGGAUGCGCAAGGAGACCGACGCGGACCAGAUCGACUUCAACAAGAAGAUUUUGCACAUGAGCUGGCAUCCACAGGAAGAUAGCAUUGCUAUCGCAGCGACAAACAACCUCUUCGUCUUCUCCGCUUUGUAG